GUGAGCUGAUUAGCUCUUAGAAAUCACGUUCGUGCCGGUGAGCGCGACUGACGCCCAUGCCCACGAUUUUUGAGUCAACUUCUUUCCACUAAACUGGCAUCGUUGUUCCGGCGGUGCUUAUCAUCGCCGGUCACUAGACCUCAUCACAGCCACUUGUAGAAGUUUAACCGCUUACAGUAACCUGGAAGUUUCAGCAUGGUUGGCUUUCUGGGUACAGGAAGCAGGAAUUCCCCAGCGACGGGCAGUUGCCAUCCUGAUACUACUCUGAACUCGCCGCCCCAUCCUAAUGGAAGUGCUGCUUGCGUCUUCCCCGACAAUCAUGGUCCCCUUCGUUUCUUUUCGCUUCCUCACUGGACACGAAAGGUACUACCUGCCUCCGUGUCUGCUCGCCGAAGUCUAGCUAGUAUGCCCUCUGAACUCGGCAGUGUAGCGGGCAAUCCCAACUCUGCACAAACGUCCUCGCCCAUAUCCACAGAUAGAUUCGCCCCCUCACCUACCUUGCCAAAAGCAGAGGCACCUCCAACCCCCGCUGAAACCAGACAUACACAGUCAACGUUAUAUUUCGAUGUAUAUCAUGAUCCUUGUCUUUUGUCACUACCUUCACCUACGGGCAUCGACCAAUGCAACUCGACCCUCCCGCUACGACACACCAGAAGUACACAAUCAUUCCUUUCACAUAAACAGGCAGACCGGUCAACGCAGCCUCUCGACGGUGCAGAUCGAGUUCGUGGUUUUUCACGAAAAGAUGCGGAACCACCGCCGACUGGUGAAAACAACAAAGCAUCACCUGUUCGUCAGGCGUCGACUAAAUCUUCGCAGCAGCUGCUUUCAGUUCCGUUUGAUUCUCUGUCCCUUCCAGCAUUGCAGCCGACAUCACCAUUUCACAUAGACUUCCAUUCGGAUACUCCUGCAUCUUCUCGGCAACCGCUGCAACGAUCCGCUUCAAGAUUGACACGAAGUCACUCAGAGAAGUUCUCCAGACAUCCGUCCACCUCCAACUCUGAAGCACCUGCAUUACCCAAUAUUCUAUCAGCAUUUGAUUUGUCCCAGCAUCAUUCAACGACUGCCAAUUCAACAUUCCCUUCCCAUCAUCCACCCCGACCCGCGCUGCGCCGCCCUUUGACUGCCGAUUCUGUCCGUUCACGCACUCGUUCAUUUUUUACUCUAUCACCACAGACAACAUCCGGCCCUUCCACACAAACCCCGCACUUUGGAAACGCACUCUCAAGUCUCACCUCGUCUACCUCCGCCAAUCAUGCAAAUAAUCGACCACGUUCUGCUACGAAUCCACCUCUCCUGCACCGGCUUUCGAUCAAUUUUUUUGCAUCAUCUACUGCCUCAGCAAAACCUGGGACAGUUUCCGGCAGUUCCACAAGCGCCUCACCAGUUUCUCGAUCACGCCCCCAAUUGCUUUCAUCGGUACCAUCUCAGGAGCUGAAACCUCAACAUGACGAGUCGCCCGAGGCCUUCCUGAAGAGACUUUCCGCUCUUGUUGGUAAAGCUGAUAUCGCGGGGUUGUUGGGAUCAAGUGCGGAAGCCAAGUAUGUAACUACUCUCAAACUUUAUAUCGGAAAAUUCUCUUUCACUGGGGAUCCUCUGGACGUUGCUCUACGUCGGCUUUUGAUGCACAUUGGUCUUCCUCGGGAAACACAGCAAAUCGAUAGGGUGAUUGAAGCUUUUGCGAAGCGGUACGUUGAGUGCAACCCAGAUAUAUUCAUGUCCGACGAUGUCCCAUACAUUCUUGCCUUCAGUCUCAUCAUGCUUCACACAGAUGCAUUCAACAAAUCCAAUAAGCGUAAGAUGUCAAAAGUUGACUAUCAGAAAAACACGGCUAUCUCAGGAAUUAUACCCGAAGUGCUGGAUUGCUUCUAUGAUAACAUUGUUUUCGCUCCUUUCAUAUUUAUCGAGGACCCUAUGGAUCCCCCUCGUCCAUCAAUUGAUGGCAGUCUUUCACGACCUACUUCCACCAUUGUUCCGAUGACACCAAUAGGAGGUACUCUACUGAGCAGACCAAAGAUUGAUCCGUAUUAUCUGAUCACCAAUCACUUACUUGAUUCGCUCCGCGUGAAUGUCGAACAGCACAUACCCUUAGAUAACCCAUACUGUUGGAAGGGAACAAGCGGUUCCUGGAAUAAUGACGAACUUUGGUCCGCCUUUGACCAAGGGGAUACGAUAGAGAUUACUUGCCUUGAACACAAUCGCUUGCCUUCUGGGUUGUUCGGCCUCAACGUCCCCAGUCCAUCACUUAUGGGGACAAACGCACUCCCCGGUUUCUUACCACCUCAGAAAGAGACUUGGCGGCUUAAGCUGUCGAAAGUAUCUGUUUUGAAUCGCAAAGACGAGAUCUUGGAAGGCGGUAAAAAACCGAGCCGCAAGUGGAAGCCGUUUGGUGUUGCUUUGACAACUUCGCAAGUUCUUCUUUUUCGCGAUCCAUCGUGGGCUGCCACUUUUCUGUCAUCCUCGGAUUGUUCCAACAAGUCGACCAUACAUUGCAAACCCGAUGAGGCUUUGUCGGUGAAAGACGCACUCGCUGUGUUCGAUCGGUCAUAUCAAAAGUAUUCAAACACUUUUCGCCUGGCCCUCGCUGAUGGACGCCAGAUCUUGUUCCAGGCUUCAAGUGAACUGGAGGUCAAUCAAUGGGUUUCGCGCAUCAACUAUGCUAGUGCUUUCAAGUCUGCUGGGAUACGAAUGCGUCCCCCUGGCAUGACAGGCAGGGAGGUGACGCUAACUGGGGUUGCUGCUGCGCAAUCAUAUCUCCAAGACUUACGGGUGGUGCAACAACCGCAGCCCAAAAUUCGUUCAUGGGGUUCGCAAAGCUCACUCAUUCGUGACACUGAGUCGACCGACGAAUGCACAGAGGAUGCUGUCGAGCGAUUAAACUCAGAGGAACUCGAAGCUUUGCGUGACAUCACCCAUGAACCUCCUGUCGUGCGUGAGAUAGAAGGAGCAUCCCAGUUCAAAGCUACGUUUGACCAAGUGAAAGCGCAACUGGCUGCUGCUCGGUGCAGUCUGGGUGAUCAGUCGUUGUCCUUGGAUGACGUAUCUGAUGCUGUUGCUCCCUUCCCUGGGCAUCGCUCUUCCCUGACAGCCGACGACAAUCCCUUUCCCCAAAGCAACCGCACCAUUCUCCUCCAAUCCACCAUCGGCGAUCUCGAAGAUCGGAUUUGUGUAGCUCAGCCACUUCUCGAAACGAAGAUGCACUUCGCUCGCAACAUAGCGGUUUUGACACCCUUUCAGCGGUCAACGCGAGAUCGGCUUCAAUAUGCAGUACAAAAUGUAGCAAAGCAGAUCUCCCAGUUGCGUCUGGAGAUUGCUAGGCUCAUUUGUCAUCGCAAUAUCCUGCUAAACGACGUUGCAGCAGAGGAACAGGGGUUCAAACAGGCAGCUACGAUUGCUUUGAGCGCCGCCAUGGAUACUAUACAGAGUCGAGGACAGUGUAUACCUGAGCCGACAACAUCGCCCGAUGAUGGAUCGAUUGACGUGUCGUUGCCGCAAUCAUCUUCCAAAGCCAUACCCGGUUCUCUGGAGCCCUCCAUUGAUGAUUCUUUCCGGUCUGCUCUAGAUUUCGGUCCAGACUGGCCGACAAACUACACGUUUUCUGUGUCGAACGUCUUAGAGACACCGAGAAUCAUGGACUCUCCUCUCACUGAAGGGGAAGGCUCGGGAUACCCGUUCCUAGAGGCCGACACCAGUCUCUCGGAGUCUCGGACGGCUCAUUCUAUGCGGAGCUCUCUAGAGCUAUCCGUACAAGACAGCAGCACUCCCCAAUCUGUCUACGAGAAGUUUUACACAGCGCAAGAAUCACCUGAAGAGCAAGCUGAGGAGUGGAACAAGACUCGAGCAGCGAAACGUGUCUCGCUGGUCAAAUUGCCCCCAGACAUUCGACUGUCGGCAAUGUUUGGCAAGACUCAACGGAAUGGUUGUAAUGAGCGGAUGAUAUCCACGGUGACUCGGGAGGAUUCUUCUUUUGGAUAGUUCCUUUCGCAUUGAAUUUUGGACAAUCUACAUACUCGCCUACUAUUACGUUAUAUCGCUUGAAUUGUACCGCAUAUUACAUAGUUUUGAACUGAGGUUCCAACUGCAGUUACAGGCUGGUCUCCGUGGACG